UCCGACAGAAACAGAACAGGAUCAGUUUGUUUUAUAGCAUUUGUUUGGGUAGGAUUUUUUUUUGUAAAAAAAGUCACUAAUAAAUAACAUAGCUUUAAUAAUGGCUAAUGAAAUUAUCUGAUUGAUGUAAGCUUACUUUUUAACAAACUUAUCUUCAAAUUAAAAAGUAUUUCCUUUGUAAACAGAGAUCCACCGCUUUUCCACAUAUGUGUAAAUAGCAAACGCACAAAGUAAUGUUCAAAUUAAUGUUUCUUUAAAAUUUUUCAACGACUUUUAAGCCGUUUAACAUAAAACGUUAAUAUCUAAAGUAAGGUAUUAACCUUAGUAUGUUCAACCUCAGAUGUUGGAUGACUCUGCGCAUAGUGUACGCAUCGUUGACGCGCUGACACCAUAGUCGCCCACGUGCUUCCUUGUUUUCAUGCACUUAAUUUCUACAUGUGAUGUCGUCUCUAGGUCACUUAGUUCUUUAUUAAUAAUGUGGAAACGCAUACAGAGGUCGUGUAUUCACAUGUCAGCGGUGUGUCUGAAGAAGACUCCUCUGCAUCUAAAGGGCAAGAGUACUGCUGAUAAAAGGUGGUUGAUUCGGCAGCUCAGUGACCCGUUCGUUAAAGCUGCUCACGAGCAGAAUUACCGCUGUCGAAGCGCCUUCAAACUGAUCGAGAUGGACGACAAAUACCGACUUCUCAAACCGGGUUUUACUGUCAUUGACUGCGGUGCUGCACCCGGUGCGUGGAGUCAAGUUGCAGUGCAAAGAGUCAAUUCAACUGGAGAGAGCGUGGAUCUUCCCAAAGGCAGCGUAAUCGGAAUAGACAUACUACACAUUUUCCCGCUGGACGGAGCUCAGUUUCUGACCAAUCAUGACAUCACUUCUCCUUCAACUCACACGGCGCUGGAGAGACUCCUGCCUGAAGCUGGAGCAGACGUCAUCCUCAGUGACAUGGCCCCCAAUGCCAGCGGCUUCCGGGAGCUGGAUCACGAAAGACUGGUCUCCAUGUGUCUGUCAAUGCUGGACUUAGCUGACAAGGUGUUGCGGCCUGGAGGCUCUUUAAUUUGUAAAUACUGGGAUGGAGGUCUGGCUCAUAUGCUCCAGCAGAGACUUUUCUCUGCAUUUCAAGAUGUGAGAACUGUGAAACCCAGAGCAAGCAGGAAGGAGUCAGCAGAGCUGUUCUUUCUGGCCCGCAUGUUAAAAAAAAGAUAGAAUUAAUUUUUAAGGCAAUUUAAAAUAUGAAAUAUGAAUAAAUAAUUGUAUAUUAAAGG